AUCUUUCAAUCAUACAUAUUACACGUUUUUAUUAUAAAUAGAACAAGCAGCACUACACCCUUUUGGUUGCUCAACAAAAUACCAUUAAUAUAUUGCUAUGGCCACAGAUGAUAAUCGGAAUAUCCAUCGGAAAAUCGGACGGUCGACGACGAGAACCAAGUGUCCGGCGCCGUUCUUAUCGAAAACUUACGAUCUUUUGGAGGAGCAAGAAGAAGAAAAUAGUAAUCGUAAUAUUAAGGUUGUUUCAUGGAAUGGUGAAGGAAAUGGAUUUGUUGUGUGGUGUCCAGAUGAGUUUUCUGAGGUUAUGUUACCUAAAUACUUCAAGCACAACAAUUUCUCUAGUUUCAUUCGUCAACUUAAUACCUACGGAUUCAAGAAAGUAGCAUCAAAACGUUGGGAAUUUCAUCAUGGAAAGUUCCAGAAAGGGUGUAGACAUUUGCUAGCAGAAAUAACAAGAAAGAAAUGUGAGCCAAGUGUAUUUCCUACAUACUUAAAUCCUUCUAAAAAGAGCACAUUAUUAUUAGCUACAAAUAAUAAUGAUCAAGAGAAUACAAUUACAAGGCAACAUCUCAUGGAAGAGAAUCAAAACUUGAAAAAGGAAAGAAUGGAAUUGCAAAUGCAAAUUGCACAUUUCAAAACAUUGGAAAUGAAGUUGUUGCAAUGCCUUUCUCAAUGUGUGGAAAAUCCACAUAACAAAACUAGAAGGUUGUUUUAGAUUGAUACGAGUGUUUUGUAUAUCAAACUGUUUUUUUUUCCCUUCUGAAUCAUACAUGUAUAAUUAUAUAUCCUAGCCACAACCUUAUUUACUCUAUCUUUAGAUGACUGAACUAUUUUUUUCUUUUUUCCAAGAAGGGGAGUAAGGGAGAAAAUAAUUAAACCCCCUCCCAUGCAACCCCAAAUCUCAAUAUAGUUAUGAUUUUUAUUUGG